CCGCAAGCGAAACAAUGUACGCGGACGAACCCCACCAUUCGGGAAGUUGGACGGGAAAUACAUGGGAAAUGGAUAUGGAUUUUGAAUGGUUGGUUGGGGUGAGAGAUCAGUGAGGGAGCAACGAAUCAGUCGUGUGGAUUUGGGGGGUGCGUAGGAAUCUUUCUUGAGAUGGAUGGGAUGGGUUGGAAUGGGGGUUUGGGUGUGAGGGAGAGGAGUUUUGGUGAGGGAUUGAGAGACUUGAGAUGAGAGGCAUGGGUUGAUCGUGCUGUUGUAUAGAUAUUUGCAUGUGUACCUAUAUCAUGCAAGUGCAUGCUUGAUACAUUUUAGAGGAGAGAAAAGAUGGGGAGAUGGUUGGGGGAGGGUUUUUUUUGGGAUAGUUGUAUAUAUAGUUGAGUCAUGGACGGAUAUUGCAUGGUUUUUCUGGGGUGAUUUAAUUCUUUUUCAUGGUUUGAGACGUGGUUGUCUAUGCGAAAUUGUAAUUUGUGCUUUGGAGAGAAUUUGGAAGCAAGCAAGCAAGCAAGAAGAAUUGAACAAUAUGGAUGCUCAAGAGAUAUACCAUGGGCCAUUCAAAACAACGGGUGAUGAAGAAGUCGCAGCUAUAAGUGUCGAAGGGAAUAUACAGCCCGAUUAGACAGAAGAGGAAGAACGGUUGGCUAAGAGGAAAAUCGAUUUCAUUCUCCUCCCUCUUCUUGGACUUGCAUUUUUUUGCUCUGCAAUUAGAUAGAGGGAAUAUCGAAAAUGCGUUGACGAGUACUGUUACCACGGACUUGGGAGUUACGACGAAUCAGAUUAAUGUAAGAUCGAAUGUUUUAUCCGCGGGAAUUGUGAUCUUGAAGAUUCCUAGUAAUAUUUUAUUGUAGAGGAUCGGGAUAUGGUAUUGCGGGGUGGACAUGGUUAUUAUCAUCGAGGGAUUGAUAACCAUCGGAAUCGGUUGUAUUUUCAUUCUCUUUCUCCCUCCUAGUGUUGCAAAUGGCUCUCCGCUUAUCAGCGCCGGUAAAUGGAGUUACUUUACUCCCCGUGAACAAUACAUUCUCGUGCGACGAAUCCUCCUCGAUGAUCCUGCCAAAACUACUCGACAUCUUCGGAUCACCGGGAGAGAAGUGUUGAAAACGAUCAGGAAACCGAGGGUAUUGGUUCAUAACCUCAUUACGUUAACAUCUACAAUAUCUGUUAGUGCAGUACAAGGCUAUGGUCCUUCGAUCAUCAAGAGUCUAGGUUUCAAAACUGUACGAGCAAAUGCUAUGGCAUCGGUUGGAAAUCACAUCGCAGCGUUUGUGGUGGUGAUUCUUGGAUGCGUCGCAGAUAAAACAGGACGUCGUGGCCCUGCAGUCGUUUUCGGCGCUGCUUGGUGCGUAAUUGCCUACGCUUGCUUACGCAUUUCCAUUGGAGAAAGUAAAUGGCAUCGCUAUGCUGCAGUUUUGUUUUUCAUGGCUACGGAUUCAAAUGUUCACAUCCCCAACGUCUCCUGGCUCUCCAUUAACUGUAAAUCACCCAAAGAACGUAGCAUAGCCAUGGCGAUGAUCAUCAUGGCCGCCAAUCUAGCGGCGAUUGCAGGAUCGCAAGUCUUCCGCACAGCGGAUGCCCCGCUGUAUACGCAUGCGUUUACGGCUAUGUAUAUACUCGCUGCAGCGACGUUUGUCAUUGUGGUGGGUUUGAUGGGGUGGUAUGUUUUUGCGAAUAGGAGGUUGGGGAAGAAACCGGAGGUGGUGCAGGGAGGGUUGAAGAUGGAGGGGGAGAGUGGGGAGGAAGGGAGUUUGGAGGUGGUGAAGAGAUGUUGGUGGACUUGGUGA